UAGAGCCGACAGUAGGCUUCGCGCCAGCGCAAACAGCGAACGUGAUCGCGCUAUUAAAGUGCGAGUCAUCUGACCGCGAGUGUAGCUGCAGCGAACGAAAAAAUCGAACACAGCGACUUACCAAGGAUGGAGGUAGCGGGAACGGGUCAAUGGCGCCGAGAAUGGGCUGGAACCGCUGAAUACGGGAAGGUAAUAGAAGGAGGGGUGACGCGACAAGUGGCGCGCGCAAUGGAAGUCCUGCACGCGACUGCUCCGGGCGCGAGAAUGCGAGUCAUGCGCGCCGCGUACCAUUCCUCCGCGGGACCUGGAGCACCGGCCUCCUCUUACCUGAUGCACUCCUCCCGACAAGUUAUAUCAUCCGGGUACAACUUUUUAGAACCAUCGUCUCUACCGUCUAAGCCUUUAGAAAUAUCUUCAACUCCCUUAGAAUCGUCACCUGACAGCGAAGUAGAAAAAGAGAAUUACAAAGUCACUGAACCUGACGACUAUGAUAUAUCUAAGCCGUCAAAAUGGAGAGCUUCGUCUAGAAACAAUUCAAUUCGAAUGCCCAGCGAGGAAUCAUCUUCAGCAGAUAAUGCAAGUAUAAUUGAUCUCGAUUCUAGAGCGAGUAGCAGAAGCACGUUAAGGAGAAGUUUCCGAAAUAAAGAAGAUGUACAAAGGGUCCAUAACAUUAACACAAGAGUUUCUCCUUUACUAGAUGCACCUAUAGCACUAAGCACAUUAAAGUAUACUUCCCUUUUGAACGGUAACGAUGAAUGGAAUAAUAGAAGAAAAAGUUAUAGCUUCGAAGAUACAUCUCCUAUCACUCAAAAUAUAUCGAAUAAAAAAGAUUCAUUUACAAUGGACUCGUCUACUGAUAGUGGAAUUUGUAAAUCAUCAGAAAUAGUCAACGAUCACUUUAAUAGUAAAAAGUAUACAAGUUUUUCUGAAAAAACGAACGAUAAACAAGAAGAAUCGUUUACAGAUUGGCUUUCAAGAAAUAGAUUAAAAACUUACAAAGAUAUGACGCCAUCUAAAAAAAUUAAUACUCCCGACUCACAAAGGAAUGGAGAUAAAAUUGCAGUAAAAUCUGCUGGUAAGGUAACUAUAACUCUACCUAUAGAAAGUCACAAAGAUAUACAAAGAUAUACUAAAACAUUAAAAUCUGAUGACUGUGAUCGACGAACUAAAAAAGUGGAAUUUUGUAAAACAGAAUUGCAUUUUGCAGUAGAUACGGGCACGGUUAAUAUUAUAGCCACUGAUGAAAAACCGCCACCUUCCAACGAUUUUAGACGAAGAAGAAGUGCUUUCGUACCUUUAAACGAAAGAAUUGAAAAAUCCAUUACUCUUUUUGGAGAAAAAACUGAAUUAUCUGAAAACAAUGUCGAAGAAAAUAAUAUUAGUUGCGAUUUUGGGGAUGCCGAUGAGAAUACAGCAGCUACAAAAAGUAUUCUCAAAAAUAAAAUCCCAAAACCCAAACCAUAUCUUCUAGGAGAGAACAUGGUAUUUGGGAAUUUUAGUGAUAUUACAAAGGAUUUUAGUGACAGCAAAAAUUCAACAACUUUAAGUGCCGUUUCUUUGAUUAAUAAACAAUUAUCAAAGAGGCGGCACAGCGACGAAACAAUUUCUAGCAAUGCAAGCGAGAGCGAACUUAGUGGGACCUUCGAUAAUUCCUUGAGGACAGGAUCUAGAGGUCCACAAUUGCGAGGGAACUCAACCCAUAGGAACACUACAACUACAACUUCAGACUUAAACACACAGCUUAAAGACAGCUCAUUUAAUUUAAAAAGUUCUUCAUUGUCCCGGACAGAACAUAAGCCUAAGAUAAGAGAACUUCGAGGAAGUGACUUAGCAUACUUUGGAAUCGAUAACAACGAAAAUUCUAAAAAUCUCCAUACACAAGACAAUUUGCAAAAAGAAAUAUUUCAUUCUGUAAAACUGGUAAAACAAAUAUCCAAUAGUGUUUGUAAUAGCGAAGCAGAUUCUGAUGAAGCGCCUGAAUAUCAAAAUAUAUUGCCUAAGUACAUAGUAACACCUACUCCGAAACCACGAUCGAUUUAUGGCGAUGAAGUACGCAAAAGAAACGAACCAAGGCUUUUGAAACCAAUCAUUGAACAAGAUUUUGAAAAAAUAGGAUCAGCUGAUGACGGUCGAUCACUUUCCAAAAAAAGGAAUGACACGUCUAAACCAUUGUAUGUUGGUAACACGUCACCUACUAAAAUCACAAAAGAAGGAGUAUCAAAACAUAAAGACGUCAAGAGAAGUGUUGCAAAUGAUUAUCCAAUAACAGAGAAGAACAAAACUGCAUCUUUGAAAAAAGUUAAGGACAAUAAAGAAAACCAUUCCACAAAUAUAAAAACAGAAAAAAGUAAGCUAGAUGCUCCUUUGUAUAUUAAUUUACAAUCAAAAUCAGAAAAAAUAUUUCAGUCACCAGGAAAUAAAAAUUACAAAUCGAGUGAUGAGCGAAAUCCAACAGCCACAAUUGAAUCUAAGCUUUACACUAACUUAGUGAAAAGUACUACAAAGGUUGACAAAAACGAUAUAUCUGAUAAAGUGAAAGAGAACAGCCGAGUUAGAAGUAGAGAUGAAUUACUACAUGAAAAUAGUCAGAAAACUAAAAAAUCGAACCCUCGGCGGACGGAAAAAUUAAUUACUCCAGACCAUUUACAAGAAAAGAGUGUUAGACAACGCUCUCACGACAAAAACAAUAUUGGAUAUAGACAUAAUAAGUAUGAAACCUAUAAUACUAACUCCUCUAGAAAAAAACCUAGUAAGGAUGUUACGAAAAUGGUUGAACAUAAUAUCAGUAAAUCUAAUAAAACACACGAAUUGAAGAAUAAUUUAUCUGACAAUAGUGUAAGCAAUCAUAAAACUACAAAUUAUGUUAAUCGGACCGUUGAACUAAAAGACAGCUCUAGUGAAAAUAAAAUAUCGAUAAAACCCAAUGAAGAUAAAAUCAAUAACCAACAAAUUAUUAAAUUAAAUAGUGAUAAAAAAGUCGAGAACUCAACUUCAAAUGCCAAAUCGGAAAAAUCUUCAAAGCCUAAACGUAGUAAAUAUGUAAUAAAUUACGAUGAUAAAAACGGAACCGUUUCCUCUAUUUGCAAAAUAAAGUCGGUACCUGUCCAGCUCAACAAUGGAAAGUCGAUGAAAGGCAAAGACGAUCACAAGAACAGAAAAUGGAUAUCAAGGGACUAUUUUAAAAGAUCUUGCCAUAUACUAUAACAAAGUAUUUCUUCUAUUUCAUUAUACAAUGUAUUUAAUAUUAUUUAAAUAACGUUGAUCGAAAGAAAAGUCGUGGAUAUUUAAUGUUUUUAUCGUUUAAUGUUAUAAUAAUGAUCUCACAAAUAUUUAAUAUUAAUUUAGUGUGCGCCUAACACUGCUGCUACAUAACAUAAUAAUAAUAAUAAAAAAGAACAUAAA